AUGAAACCUUCAACCGGGCCAGCAACCACCAUGCCCGCCUUCCCCUCCCUCCGCCAGAUCUUCGCCGCCUUCCGAUCACCCGAGCAGGAGGCCGACCUGUCCAGAACAGCCUUCAGCCGAUUCCUGCUCUUCAUCCUCGCCGUCACCUCACUCAGCCUGCUCGCAAGCAAGGCCGUCCAGAAAGCCGCCAUCCAAUCCGCCUGA